UAGACUGAAUUUAAUUUUAAAACCUUAAAAAGAAUCUCAAAUACAUCACUCUGCCUGUGCACAGUCCCUGUUUCUUGGAUAUCUCUCCUGCUUUGAAAGAUGAUGGCAGUCGACAACCCGAUUUCGACUUUUGCUUCUAUUUCAGUACUUCUCAGCAUAUUCCUGAUAUCAUCCCCCGUCUUUGUACAGUCAUUUGCUUUACCUUCUGCAAUUGGAUAUGGAGGCACUAAGUGGGUUAACAACAUCCAGUCUUUAGACUCGUGGAUACUUCAGUCAGCAGGCCCAUGCCAACAUACUGUCAGGCCUAUUCUUCUGUCCAAGAAUAUCUCAUAUGGCGGUGAAACCCUGCGGUUUGGAUGUGGGUUUUUCUGCGACUCUAAUCCUUGUGACAUGGGCUAUUCAUUUGCAGUUUUCUUUGUUAUCUACCAGGCUAAUUAUAGUGAUCCAGAUGAUCUGCAGAUGGUGUGGACUGCAAACAGAGAGCAUUUGGUGCAAGAAAAUGCAACCCUUGAACUCACCUCCACUGGAGAUCUUGUCUUGAAGGACUCAGAUGGCAGUCUAGUCUGGUCUACAAGUACAUCUGCUCAAGGAAUAAUGAUGGAAGAAACAGGGAACUUAGUGCUCUUCAACAGCUCCAAUAGAACCAUGUGGCAGUCUUUUGACCAUCCUGCUGAUAUGCUUCUGCUAGGCCAGAAGUUGAAGGUGGGGCAGAAGCUUAUUGCAAAUAUUUCGCCCACCAAUACAAGUCAAGGGUUUUACUAUGGAUCCUUGAAUGUGGAUGGCAUUGCUCUGUAUACAGCCACUCAAAUGUAUUACAGGUAUCCUAAGCCACCCACAAAUGGCAGCAUAGCUUAUAUACAGAUAGACAAUGAGUCGCUCAAUUUUUAUUCUGAUGAUUUUUUGUCAAAUCAGAUUUCUAUACCAAAAAAUUCCCUCUAUGUUAAGAUUGAUUCAAAUGGGCAUUUGCAAUUCUAUUCUUUCCAGCCAAAAACUGGAAAUUCUUUUACUGACUAUUUGUCAGGUUUUACAAAUGAACUGAACCCAUGUGAGUAUCCGAGAACUUGUGGGGACUAUGGUAUCUGCACAGAUGGUCAGUGCAGCUGUCCAAAAGAGGCCAAUGCUUUUUCUCAGAUUGAUUCCUACAGAGCCACUUUGGGCUGUGUUCUACUCAAUCCUCUGGUCUGUCCAGAGACAUUCUCAAUCAGUAGCAGUCCACAAGAUUAUGAGUUGUUGGAGAUUGAUCAUGUUUCAUAUUUUGCUUAUUUGUAUGAAAAUGCUUCUACUACAGGGUUGGUUUCAAGAGAUGAAUGUAAAGACCUUUGCCUCAAAAAUUGUUCCUGCAAAGCUGCUUUUUUCAGGUAUAACAUCUCUACCAGUUUUUCUAGUGGUUAUUGUUAUUUGGAGUCCAAUGUCUACUCUAUGAAAAUAGAUCGUCCGAGGGACAGAUUUUACAAUUCCAAUGCUUACAUUAAAUUCCAGAGAAUUCCCAAGCACCCUAAUCAGUCAGUUAUAGUUAUCAGUAUUGGUGUUUGUACUGGACUGUUUUUGCUGUUUCUCUUGUUGGGGGCAUGGAUUUUUAAAUCUGGGAAAUGCAAAACAGCAGUGAAAAGGGAUGAGCUUGAGGAUGAUGAUGCUUCUCAGAACUGGCCUGCUGGGUUAAUUUCGCGUUUCUCAUUCCGGGAACUGGAAAAGGCUACAAACAAUUUCAGCAGGAAGCUUGGCAGCGGGGGAUUCGGGACAGUUUAUGAGGGGGCUUUGUCUGAUGGCACAAAGAUUGCAGUGAAGCGACUUGACAGAGCAGGGCAAGGAACAAAACAAUUUAAGGCAGAGGUAGAAACAGUAGGUAGUAUUCAUCAUCUUAAUUUGGUAAGAUUGAAGGGCUUCUGUGCUGAGGAAUCUCAUCGAAUGCUCGUAUACGAGCAUCUGCCAAAUGGGUCUCUUGAUAAAUGGAUAUUUCCCAAUGAUACCGAUCGGUUUGUGCUGGAUUGGAAGACCAGAUCAAAAAUAGUUCUUCAUAUAGCACGCGGAUUGGCCUACUUACAUGAAGAGUGUGAACAGCGAAUCAUUCAUUUUGACAUCAAACCCCAAAACAUUCUCCUGGACGAAAAUUUCAAUGCCAAGGUCUCAGAUUUUGGGCUCGCAAAGCUGACUAAUAGAGAGCAAAGCGAAGUGAUAACUAUGUUGAGAGGAACACCUGGUUAUAUGGCUCCUGAGUUAUUGAGCAUGCAUAUUUCAGAGAAGGCAGAUAUUUUUAGCUUUGGUGUCGUGUUGGUCGAGAUUGUGAGUGGGAAAAGAAGCAGACAGCUUGGUGGGCACCGCUUAUUUUCAGUAUUACAGAGUAAGGCCGAAGAAGGGAAACUCACAGAUUUGUUAGAUUCAAGCCUUAAAUAUGAAGCGGAUGUUGUAAAGGAGGAGGCAGAAAGAGUGUUAAGAGUAGGGAUGUUGUGUAUUCAGGAUGAUUAUAUGAGCAGACCAGCAAUGUCGAUUGUGGUAAAGGUAUUGGAGGAUAUGACAGAGUUGGACAGUUUCCCCUGUUCUUCGUCCCCUGUUAAGCAUCAGCCAUUUCUACCCUCACAACAAUCUCCAAAUUUGGAAUUCUCGUACACUGCAGACUCUUCUAAAUUAUCUGGUAGAUGAUUGCUUUCUGUUCGAAUCUGAUGCUUCAUUUUGGGCUCUUUUGGUUUCUCGAGUGGUAGAUCUUGAUUUUUUCCAUUGAUCAAAGCAAAAAACAGGGGAAACUGAUACAGAAAACAAGACGGCAAGAUGAGAAAACCAAAAAUUAUUACAAAUAAGGAGAUGCAGACCAGAAAAACUGCAAGAUGAAUGAAAUGAAAUUACAAAUAAGGAGAUGCAGACCAGAAAAACUGCAAGAUGAGUGAAAUGAAAUCACAAAUAAGGAGAUGCAGACCAGAAGAACUGAAAGAUGAAUAAAAUGAAAUUACAAAUAAGGAGAUUCAGCCAAAAAAUCUGCAAGAGUAAAAUGAACAGUGCAUACUGUAUUGUGGAGUAAAUAGGUUUUCAAGGCAUCUUUAUUUUAAUGUUUUGUAUCUCUAUUUCUUAGGUUAAUAGAUACUCUAUCUAAUCUUGAUUCUGUUGAGACAUAUGACAUUCUGUGUUCCCUCAAUUCUUCAUGUCUAUAGAUGUAAAGGCACUGUACACUUUGUAUCAAAUCUUAGCUCAAUAUCAUUUCAUGUGUUUAAUA